AUGGGUGCAGACGACCAGUACGACUUGAAAUCGAUGAACGUGUCGGACCAGGUCUCCCAGCCCCGUGAUGGACCCAUCGACAAUUUUCCGACCGAGUUGGAAAAGCAGACACGAACGAGACGGCUGUUUUCUACUGCUCAGUUGUUCGCCUUUUCAAUCAUGUACUUGAUGACUUGGGGCAGUGUGGGCAGCAACAUGUAUUUUGCCCUUUUCAAUGGCGGUCCUACGGCGUGGUUUUUUGGCUACUUCAUUGUAGUGUCUGGUGUCCUCGCCCAAGCGGCUUCAUUUGCAGAGAUGGCCUCCAUCCUGCCUGUUGCUGGCGCUCACAUCAAACGCUUCCUUACGUGGCUCCAAGGCUGGUCAACAUGGACUGCAUAUGUUGCCAUCACGGGCAGUAUUUUGAACGCGAAUGCCGUCAUCUUCGAAGGCCUGAUUGCCAUGAACUAUCCCAGCUACGAACCAGGAGGCUGGCGCACAACUCUGCAAAUCCUGGCCAACCUCGCCUUCUGUGUCUUCAUCAAUAUGUUCGCAUUCAGAGUUGUGCCCUGGUUUGAAAUGCUCGCCGGGAUACUGAACGUGUGCCUAUUUGUAAUCUACAUCGUCGUCCUCUGGGUUAUGUCUCCACGCAACAGCGCCGACAUCUUUUGGCAAACCAACGUUUCAUCGGGCUACAAGGACUACUUCAUCGCCGCUAAUGUCGGCUCUCUAUCUCACAUUUUUUUAUUUAUUGCUUUCGAGGGCGUGAUCCACAUGAGUGAAGAGACUCGGAAUGCUCACCGUGCCGUGCCUUGUGCUAUGUUCUGGUCGAUGUUUACCAAUUUUUGGAUAGGACUUGUAAUGCUCGUUACUCUGAUGAUAUGCAUGCCGGACGUGGAGACAGUCUUGAACGGGCCCAGCCCGUUUGUUACAGUCCUUCUCCACGCAACCAGAUCUACUAAGGCGGCUACAGCUAUGGUAGCAGGCCUCAUGGUCAUGGCCAUCUCAUGCAACAUGUCGAGCAUCUCGUCCACUUCCCGUCUUACCUGGGCGUGGGCAAGAGACGGUGGACUUCCCAAGUGGUUUGGCCACGUUGACGGAAAACAUCGCGUACCUCUUCGGGCUUUGGCAUUGACGUCUAUCAUCACCAUUGCCCUGUCCCUUCUAUUCUCCCCGUAG